AUGGGUAGAAUUCAUUCUAAAUCUGUUCAAGUUCAGGUCAUGCCACGAGAUCGUUAUAAUCAAAAACCUACACAGAUUCAGACCAUGCCACGAAAUUGUUAUAAACGAAAAUGUUCAAUAAGUUCACCUGGUUCUUCAAAUACUACUAUCACAUACGUUGGAGAUACGAAAAUGUAUGGAAAAAAUGAAGCGCAAAGAAACGAUGAAUGUGAUAGAUUACAUAUGGCUCAUUUUUCAAUAAGAGAUUUGUGGAAAAGUAAUUUUUCUGCCCCAAUUGAAGGCCUAUUAACCAAUAAACGAGCAAAGGUUCUUGACGUUGGAUGUGGUGCUGGAACAUGGAUUCUUGAUACUUCUUUAAAUUAUCCAAAAUCAGAAUUUUAUGGCAUCGAUAUUCUACCACUUUUCCCUCAAUGUAUUAAACCUAGUAACGUUACAUUCUCUCAAUGUGAUAUUCUUCAACGCCUUCCUUACGAUGACAAUGUAUUUGAUUAUAUUCAUAUGAGAUUUAUGGGAUCUUCACUUACUCGUUCUGCUUGGGAAUAUGCAAUUAAAGAACUCGUUCGCGUAUUGAAAUCAGGUGGAUACAUCGAAAUUUGUGAAGUUGAUAAUAUUUGGGUGAACGAAGGCCCAAGAGCAGGAAAGUUAAGAUCACAAGCUAUCAGAACACUAAUCAGGAAAUACAAUGUCUGUCUAAUGUCGAGUCCUCUUGCCAGAAGAGCUUUACGAGAAAACGAUCAAUUAACAGAUUUUCAUCAAGAGAAGAAAAUGGUUCCCAUGGGUAGUUGGGGUGGGAAAUUGGGCGAAGUCUUUUUGGAAAAUGCCAGAUGGGGUGCGAAAAAUUUGAAAAGUGCUGUUGAUUCAUUUGGCAUGAGUGAUGCAAGAUAUGAGGCCAUGGUUGAUUCUGCUAUGAAUGAGAUUGAACUAAAAAAGAAUGUUUUCGAUACUGUUCGUAGAUUUUGGGCAAAAAAAUUAUAA